UGUGUUAUGCAAUGGUAACUUAAACUUAAGCUUAUUAAAAUGCACAUAGCUUCUAUUAAAUCGCAUAGUUUUUUUGAAAUUGCUUAAUUAAUAUAAGAAAUUGCUCUACUGUAAACAUGUACAAAUAAUAAUUUAAUGUCGUGCUGUGUGUUUAAAAAAAAACCAUUCUAUAUUGUUGAAGAAUGAAUGUAAAGAAAAACUUUUAAUGCAAUGUUAUUUAAAAUAAAAAAACCAUAUUGCAAAAACAUAAAGAGGGCUUCAACCUUCAUUGCAUACAUAGAUCAAGCUUUGUAGUUAAAUAUUUAUUAUCAUAAUCUAAAAAGCAAACUCAAAUAGACAAGCAAUAAAUCGUUUAAAACUAGCUAGCUAAGCAUGCUACAGCUGCUAUUUCAUUUCUACUCGUUUACAGAAAUGUUAAAAAAGAUACAAGGUUAAAUAGUUGUCUGCCCUCAAUCUAUUUAUGUAGCAUAACAUAGGUGUUUCUAUUGUAAAACUCUUAGAAAAAGCGACACUGAUGUGUUAGUCAUAGAUACUUUUGUGAAAUGCUUCAUUCAUUGGCACUUUCAUUGUCAACUGGAAUAUUUUCAAGCUUUGUAUUUUGAAUGCAUUAAUUUUGGGUAUGGAGGCAAUAAAUACGCAAAUCUUUAUCAUAGGAUCCUAGUUUUCAACAUAUCAAGUUAAAGUUUAAACUGUGAUAGGAAAGCUCCUUAAGUAGUACUUUUGGUCAGUUAUAAUAUUUCUAAGAAAGUAGACAUUUUAUGAUAUUUAUUUCGUACUUAUUGCCUAGUGGAAAAUUAGCAGACUUUAUCGUAAAAUUUAUUUUGCCAUUUUCAAGGAGUAGAGAAUCAUCAUCUUUUAUUUCGCAUUGCUGUCUUUUACGGCUCCAGCCACCAUCGCUAUAUUAAGGCGCAAAAGCUUAGUCACGUCUUACUCACUAGCUAUGCACUAUAUUGCAUCAGCAUAACAAUUCUUAUGCAAAUAAAAUAAUAAUACACCAGUGAAAUAUUAUGUAGUUACACAAAAGUAUGUACACUUACAUUUAUAUUUUACUGUGUUACAUUUUAUCAACAGUGUGGUAUAUCACAUUUUACACUUCCACCAUGCAUAUAACAAAUAAUAUGUUGCUUAAUAAUGUCAUAAUAAUGUAUGUUGUGUUAUCGGCAGUACUCACUAUUUCCGAGAUCUCAUUCAUAUUGUGCGGCUACAGAACAACGAGUAGGAUCCUACCUAAGGACCCUAAUGAGUUUUGGGUCGUCUCCAUCGUCGGUACUGAGUUCGCUCUCGUCGUUCCGAUCUCGUCCGUUUGCCGACAUCUCGUAUAACCCCACUCCGGACCUAAAUGAAGUCUAUCCGGGCCUCUAUGUUGGAGACGCUGUGGCUGCCAAGGACAAGGCGUUCUUAAAGCGUAUGGGGAUCAACUAUGUGCUGAAUACCGCUGAAGGCACGCGGUACACGCAGGUCGACACUAACCACCUGUACUACCGUGACUGUCCCGGACUUCGUUACAAGGGCUUCCAGCUGAUGGACUUACCGUCCACAGACAUAUCGAGAUACUUCCACAUAGCUGCCAACUUUAUUGAUGAGGGAAUUUCUAGUGGAGGACGCGUCCUUGUUCAUUGUUUUAUGGGCGUGUCUCGGUCUGCUACUUGCGCGUUAGCAUUCCUGAUGAUCAAGCGAGGAAUGUCUCUGACGGAGGCUUUAUCAACCGUCCGCUGCCGCCGCGACAUCCAUCCCAACGAGGGCUUCAUCCGCCAGCUGCAACAGCUCGACAGGGAGCUGCGCCUCAACCGGAUCCGCUGACCCUACCGAAACUCGUCGCUUCAAACUCUAUUGCAUUUCUCACUAGACGAUGGAGAUGGACGACGACGUGUACGAAGCCUCGACCGAUCGUACUAUCAUCACUAUUAACCCUGCAAGGAGGAUUUAAGAACUUUAAGCCUAUAACACAACGUCUGGAAGCUUGGUUGUCGCAGGCCGCAAAUCUUGUCUACGCCGCAUAACGGCUGGCCAUCUUGUGUGUUACGGGUCUUAAAGUUUUAAUUUCGAAUGUCGUUGCAACGGUCGUCCAAUGAAGUGAAGAAAUCAAGAGUUUAGUGACAUACUAAAUACAGACUAACUUUUUACAAUAUAGUAAUACAGACAGAUAUUUAACGAUCGGUAUUUUUUGGCCUAGUGUUAAAAAUAUGUAAUUCAAAAAGUGCGUGACUAUUAAAAUUGUCAAAUGUCUUGUUAUUAAAAUAUUUCGCAGCAUAUGUUUUAAAACCUUGGGUAACGAAUAAGCAUGUAAAAACGAAACACUGUUAAAUUUAAAAUGUACCUAUGUAUAAUGUACAUAUUUUAACUGAUAAAAAUUUAGAUCUUUUAAAAUUCUAGCAAAAAAUUAAAAUUCAAAAUUAUACUAAAAAAAUUGUAAAACAAUUGUUUAAACCCUUCUCUCCGUAGUGUACAAAGAUUAAUAUAAUAAUUGUUAAAAUUUUAUUUUGUUAUUUACAUGUAUAUUACUUCAGUACGAUCCAAUCGGCGUAUGUAUCGUUUUGAUAAACUUAUAUUUCACACAGAACUCUAUAUUUUUAAUAAGAAAUAUGAAUUUUAUAUCUGGGUUAUAUUCUCGUGUGCCAUUUUGUUUUGUAUUGAUAGAUUAUAUAAUAUGGCUGUUAUUUUUGUACAAAGGGAGAAAUAUUAAACUCUUUUAACGUAGGAUAAGAAAAGUUACUAUGUCCAGUUGAUAAGAUGUUGAAGCUUCUAUAUAGUGAGUAGUUAUUGAUAUCUGACUAUAGUACAAUCGCAUAGCCUUAUAGUCAUUUGAUGACGUCGUCGUACGCAAUAAUGUUCGUGUUAAUAAUCCCGAGAGUAUAUUUUUAUUAAUGUUAAGUUUUCUUCAAGACUGGCAAUGAUGGCACUUGAGUAGUUGAGUGAUGGCUUGCUCGUAGUGAUAUUUAGCUUAGCAUGUAUGUCAAUGGCUCGCGGCCGGCAGGUCACCGGUGUCACACACUCUGCACUCAUUGUUCGAGGACUCGCACUAGUUGCCAACACACGUAACAUUUGGCUGCACAUAUGUGUCACUAUGUAAUUCUAUUUCGAAUCAUGAAUACCUCUCAUUACAUAGGGCCAUAAAUCAGACCUAUUUUUGUAAUAUCUGUUUAUUUAUUUUAGUUCUAACUAGAGUUUAGACUACAGUUAAUUAGCUAACAACUUAUUUCCAGUAACAAUGGUUGUAGGAAACUCAUGAUUGGAUUAAGAUGUGGUUUGUGACUGAUGAUGAACUAGUCGAUGUUUAUAAGUGCAAUAUUUAGAUGUAAAGGGCACCAAAGGAAGCAAUCAUUGUGAUAUUGAAUGUGAAGGGAAAAUAGUUUAUUUUUAAAGAGAAAUUAUUGUAGAUGAAUAUAGAUAAAUCAGUUUCUAUUUAAUAGCAGUAUAUUAAGAUACUAUUUAUUAACGAUUUAAAUUUAUAUGACUAUUUUCAAAGCCUUGCUAGUCUCUAUGAGUGAUAGAAGAGGCAUGUUAUCCAUUUAAUCAUUGUACUGUUAAUGAAAUGUUACUUUGCUACAUUAUUAUUGCAUGGUUUAUCAUAAAUAAUAUAGAUUAAUAUCGCAUGUAUUGUAAAAAUAUUAACAAUGAUGUACCUGUUACACUUAUCAAGUUCACAAAUAGGAACACUAGGCUAUGGCAUAUAGCAUCACUAAUUUAUGAAACUUGUGACAUGAAUAUACAAAUUAUUUAUCGAAAUAAAGUUAUUUAAAACUA